AUGUAUAUAAUAAUUGCAUCUGCCAUUAUUUUUGCUAUCAGUUUUACUAUUCAACUAACAAAACUCAAUCCAAAAAAAAAGUUAUAUAUUCUGGAUAUAUUUCUUAUCUUUCUAGGUUCAAUGGCAAUAUAUAGUGAAACUACACAUAAGUUAGGUGAUUUUACAGAGCAAUUAUAGGCUGCAUUUUCAAAAUAAUAUCCAAUUGAAUAUUAAUUAGAUGAACUCAUUCUUAAAAAUCAAAUACAAGAUCAUUCAUUUCAGCUAUUUUAUGGGAUGAAAUAAGAUGGAAUUUCUACUUUCUUCAAAUUCAUCAUAAACAAAUCAAUAAAGGAGAAUAAAUAAGGCAUCUAUAUUAAUAUCUAAUCAGAAAUACAAAAUUAAGAACAAGCCUUAUAAUAAUUUGGUACUAACAAUUUUCAUGAACUAAUUCAUUUUACAUAAUAAAAACCUACAAUAAUUACUGUUGAUAAUUUGCAUUUAUCACUUAGUAAAAAACAAUGUUUUAUUUGCUCAAUAUUAAGUAAUCUCCAUAAAUUUAACACUACAACUAUUCUAAUUAGUGCAAAAGAAUUACAUAAUUUAAAUUAUAUGUUAGAUGAUUAUAGUACUAAUGUCAUGGAAAUUAGAGAAUUUAAUAAUGGAAAAUAAUUACAUUUUAGAUAUGAUUGGAAUUAAGAUUCUACUUAAUAAUAUGUAAAGAAAUAUGAUGGUAUUUGUAUCCAAUUAUUAUUUAAGAUAUCGUUAUAUAGAAAUAGAGAGAAUUUGUGAUAAAUUUGAGUGAAACAGAAAAAUAAUUGAUGGUUAAUAUAAGAAAGUUAAUUUGUAAAAUCAAAUGUGAAAAUUAAAAAGUGAAAAUAGAUGAUUUGUAAAAUUAUUCAAUUUAUAUUAUAGAAUCUAUUAAUAUUAAGAUUUGAAAUAGAUAGUUGAAAAAAAUUAUGUAAUUGCUUAAUUUGGAUAUGUGAAAUUUUAUAAUAGUUUUAUCUUUGAGUCAUUGUAAUAUUUAUGA